AUGGAAGAGGUCGAUCAUGAAAACCAAAACAACAACACCGAUCCUGAAGGAAAUCCCCUACAAUUGAAAAUGCUAACUACGUUGAACAAAAGAAAACACCAACCGGGGUAUCGAUUCGCUCCAACGGACGAGGAAUUAGUAGUCUAUUUCCUUAAGAGGAAAGUAAAGGGAAAGAAUCUUCGUGGAAAUGCAGUUGCCACUGUUGACGUGUACAAGCACGCACCAUGGGACCUUCCUAGCAUGGCAGGUGUAAAAUCUAGUGAACAAAUCUGGUACUUUUUCACCCCUAAACGAGUAAACAACCCGGAUGCCAAAAGGGACAAGCGCGUAACACCAUGGGGAAAUUGGAAGAAAACGGGGUCGGACAGGAUAAUUGUUACAAGUAGCCAUAGAGCUAACGUAGGAAAAGCUGCAACUUUGGUCUUUUACGCAAGGAGGGGAAGAACUUCCGAAAGGACAGAUUGGGUGAUGCACGAGUACAAGCUACGGGAUGAAAGAUUGCAUCAACGAAAUAUACAACAAGACUCUUACGUACUCUGCAAGCUUUAUAAAAAAAGUGGAUUCGGGCCAAAAACUGCAGAUAACUACGGUGCACCAUUUAUAGAGGAAGAAUGGGAUACGGACACGGACGAGGAUAUCAAGGAACAAGAAGACAACAACAACUUCGCAAUACUGGCGAAGAGCUACUGCAUGUAUUCAGGGAAGUAA